AUGGCCACUGACCCGCCACGCCCCAUCUCCCUGUCCUCCCCGCACCAGCCGGAGAAGGGCGAGGCGGCCACGCUGGGGUUGCCCCCGACGACGGGCCAUGGCGGCUCGGACGGGAGCAUCGGCGUCGAGGCGGCCGAGACCCCCGACCCCCAGCGCAUGCGGGCCGCCGUGGAGCACCUGCAGCAGAAGAUCCUGAAGAUCACAGAGCAGGUGCGCGUGGAGCAGGAGGCGCGUGACGAGAACGUGGCCGAGUACCUGAAGCUGGCGCACAACGCCGACAAGCAGCAGGCCUCCCGCAUCAAGCAGGUCUUCGAGAAGAAGAACCAGAAGUCAGCUCAGACCAUCGCACACCUGCACAAGAAGCUCGAGCACUACCACAGGAAGCUGAAAGAGAUCGAGCAGAACGGUCCCGCGCGGCAGCCUAAAGACGUCCUGCGGGACAUGCAGCAGGGGCUGAAGGACGUGGGGGCCAACAUGCGGGCGGGGAUCAGCGGGUUCGGGGGCGGGGUGGUGGAGGGGGUGAAGGGGGGGGUGUCCGCCCUGUCCCACACGGCCGUGGUCUCCAAGCCGCGCGAGAUCGCCAGCCUGAUCCGCAACAAGUUCGGCAGCGCCGACAACAUCGCCCAGCUGAAGGACACGCUGGAGGGGCCCCAGCCGGAGGAGACCCCCCGGGCCCUCAGCGGCAGCGCCACCCUCGUCUCCAGCCCCAAAUACGGCAGCGAGGACGACUGCUCCAGCGCCUCCUCGGGGUCCCCCGCCGGGAGCAACUCCGGGGCGGGGGCCGCCUCGGGCCUGGGCCCAGCCAUGGGCAGCCCCAAGUCCACCAUGCUGGACGGCCUCCACCACAGCUCCUGGGAGCCCCUUUUGGAGGCCCUGCAGGAGAUCAAGGGCAGCCAGUCCCACCUGGAGGACUCCAUAGAGGACAUGAAGGCCCAGCUGCAGAGCGACUACUCUUACAUGACCCAGUGUCUGCAGGAGGAGAGAUACAGGUACGAGCGUCUGGAGGAACAGCUCAACGACCUGACAGAGUUGCACCAGAAUGAAAUGACCAACCUCAAACAGGAGCUCGCCAGCAUGGAGGAAAAGGUGGCCUAUCAGUCAUACGAGAGAGCGCGAGACAUACAGGAGGCGGUGGAGUCCUGCCUGACGCGGGUCAGUAAGCUGGAGCUGCAGCAGCAGCAGCAGCAGGCGGUGCAGCUGGAGGGGGUGGAGAAGGCCACCGCCCGCGCCCUGCUGGGCAAGCUCAUCAACGUCAUCCUCACGCUCAUGGCCGUGCUGCUGGUGUUCGUCUCCACGCUGGCCAGCUUCAUCACGCCGCUGAUGAAGACCAGGGCCCGGGUCGGGGCCACGCUGCUCCUCCUGGUCCUGUUGGGCUCCCUGUGGAAACACUGGCGGCUCCUGGAGCCCUGGCUGGGGCCCGGCUGAGCGACAGGCACGGGGCCCCGCUGUGGGGCCGCACAGACUCACACACAGGCUUCCUGCGACAUCCUCUCACUUGGAGAGCCAUCAUCCAUUUUAUCCAUAGGGCUUUUACUAGGAAGGCCGGUAACACGUUUGAGAGAACAACAGAACAGAAUAUACAUCACAAACUGUUUUAAACUUUGUCUGUGACCAUCCCCUACAUAGGGACAAAGACGUCACAAAGGAUUUGAGUGCCAGUGCAGGGGGUAUUUGGCAUCAAUGGUGAGACUGAGACGGAGCAGCGAUUGUCUGUAUGGUACGAGCUGGUUGGUGCCUUGCAUGGCAGCCAAAUGUGUAUGAACGGGUGGACGGGAAACAUCAAUUUUACAGCGCUUUGGAUGAAUGUGCUAUAUACAUGCCAACCGUUUACCGUUUACUUGGCAACCUCCAGUACUUCUACACACCACCAUGAACAACAAAGCCCAUGCUUGUAAAACGAUGGGACUUGCCACAAAAACGUUUUUUGGUAAUUACUUUUUUUUUUCCAGUGAAUCAGCAAGUUCUUUUCCCCAAUUUUGGUUUUUGACAGCAUGAACUAUAUAAUUACAGAUUCUAUUAGCUAUAAUGCAGAAAGAAAGCCAAACUGCAGAUUUGGUGGUAGCACUAGAAUGGGAUAUUCAGCUCUCAGAUUCUGAGAUCAACACCUCAGUUUACCUCUUAAGCAGACUGUAAACACAUUCACACCUGAUCUGAUGACUUAUGCCUGCAAACACACACACGCUCACACACACACACACACACACACGCUCAGACUCACAUACUCGCAUUCUCUCACACACAAACAUAGCGCAGUGUCUUCAGAAUUUUGUUCUUGGCUUCCACUUUAAAGGAACACACUGUUUCCACAGCUUUCGGUUACUAUGGAUCACACUUGCACCAAUAAGCAAAAUGCACACAUACGCAAGAGAUGUACAUUUACCUUGAUAAAGAGGGAAACUGUAGUAAAAUCUACUGCACUUACUGUUUUUUGGCUGGCAAGCUGAUAUUCCGUUGUCUGUAGAGAAAGACACAGUUUAAGCUUGAAUGCUUGAAUGCUUGAUCAAAAUAUAUAAAAUCUCAAAUGUUUUGCUUUUGUUUUCUUUCCAUAGAUAAACAUCAAGAUUAUUUUUUAAAUAUUAAAAUUGAAUCCAUUUUUUGACAGGAAAAAACAAAAGUAA